ACGUGAUGGGGCUGUUCACCGAACCCUAUAGAGGGCGGUUGCGGAGAGCGGGACAGAAGUGCCGGCGGGUCGCGGUGAUCGGCAACUGAGGCAGCCGGUGGCGGGACGUGGAUCGGAGCCGGCGCGAUGGGAUCCGAGCUGUUCAGCAAGCAGCGGACCCUGGAGCUGAGGCAGCGGCACAUUGGGCCAUCGUGCAAGGUGCUCUUUUCUAAGGACCCACUCAAGAUAAUCCGUGCCCAGGGCCAGUACAUGUAUGAUGAGGAUAACAAUAAGUAUUUGGACUGCAUUAACAACGUAGCACAUGUGGGGCAUUGCCAUCCAGCUGUGGUUCAAGCUGCUGCCAAGCAGAUGGAACUGCUGAACACUAAUUCACGAUUUCUGCAUGACAACCUGGUACAGUACGCCCAGAAGCUCACUGAGACUCUCCCACAUCAACUAUCUGUUUGCUACUUUGUCAAUUCAGGUUCUGAAGCUAAUGAUCUAGCUCUUCGAUUGGCUCGCCAGUACACUGGUCACUAUGACAUCAUCACCCUCAAUCAUGCUUACCACGGACAUGUAACAUCGUUGAUUGACAUCAGUCCCUAUAAAUUCCAAGAACUUCAUGCCGAAACUCAGAAGGAAUUUGUGUAUGUUGCACCAUCUCCAGAUGUCUACAGAGGAAAGUACAGAGAAGAUCACCCUGAUCCAGCCUCAGCAUACGCAGAUGAAGUAAAUGUGUUGAUUCAAGAAGCUGAAAAGAAAGGCCGCAAGAUGGCUGCUUUUAUUGCUGAAUCCAUGCAGAGUUGCGGAGGUCAGAUAAUCCCGCCGCCUGGCUACUUCCAAAAAGUGGCGCAAUACGUGCAUAAUGUGGGGGGAGUGUUCAUAGCCGACGAAGUCCAAGUCGGCUUUGGCCGAGUGGGGAAACAUUUCUGGGCCUUCCAGUUGCAAGGAGAGGACUUUGUUCCAGACAUUGUCACCAUGGGCAAACCCAUCGGAAACGGCCACCCUAUGUCCUGCGUGGUUACGACCAAAGAAAUUGCAGAGGCAUUCGGAGCGUCUGGACUUGAAUAUUUUAACACGUUUGGAGGUAACCCCGUCUCGUGUGCUAUCGGUCUGGCUGUUCUAAACGUUAUUGAGGAGGAGGAUCUGUGCGGCAAUGCAACAAGAGUAGGAAAUUACCUGAUGGAUUUACUGAGAGAACAGCAAGCCAAACAUGAACUUAUUGGGGAUGUGAGAGGUGUGGGUUUCUUCAUUGGAGUUGACCUGGUGAGAGACCGUAGGAAGAGAACACCGGCCAAGGCAGAGGCACAGCACAUAAUCUACAGGCUGAAGGACCAGAAUGUAUUACUGAGUGCUGAUGGACCUCAUCGGAAUGUACUGAAAUUCAAGCCACCAAUGUGUUUCACCACAGAGGAUGCCAAGUUUGUGGUAGAGAAAAUCGAUGAAGUUCUCACAGAUCUUGAGAGAAAGACCAGUGCGAGAGUUCCAAAUGGGGAGUCCAAUCCAGUGGAAAAUAUCGUGUCCUUGGCACUUCGGGGCAGCAAGAGAAAGAUUGCUCCAACCAACGUUCCCGAGGUGGGCGACAGGUGUACAAAAGAGCUGGACACAAGCGAGAUCUUACCGAAUGAAAAGAAUCUAGAUGGAGAUGGUUGCCAUUUUAACAGAACUGCUUGUGGGCAACGACCAAGUCCCUGUCACAACAAACGACACUGUGCCACGCAAAAGUUUAAGACAUGAUCUACCUACCUCUCUGUUUUAACGAGGUUUCCCUCAAACAUGUUGUCAUAAUCAAGUUGCACAUGAAAUGUUUUGCACAAUUUAGUCACACUUAGACAGAGUUUUGCUUAACCUUCAGGUUUUUAACAAAUAUUUUUAUUUUAAUUAAUUUGCAUGGUGACUAUUAUCUCCUUAAAAUUCCCUCUAGGGUUGCUCCCAUUGGCCAAUUUGCACAAAAUGUAUCCUAGCCUUCUGCUGCUGUUAACACCAAAUGGGAGGAAAGAACCCAAGUCCUCUCUCCUGAACAUUGUCCCCUACUCACUAGAGAUGGGCUGAUGUGUAUUCAGCAUCUAAGGUUUUUUUAUUUUCUUUUGAAAUUGUUGCUUUAAACAGAACAAUUCUCCUGAGCUAGUAUAAGUACAAGGAAUGCUACUGGUAAGUGCUAAAGAAUCAUUGUUGGAGUAACCACACCACUCAGCUUAGUCACUGAAUCCUACAGCACAGAUUAAGUUUCAGUUGAUAGUGUCCGAACAUUCAAUAUCCAUCCAAUACUAAACCCAUUAACCAGUAUUCAGUCAUAGCCUCCUAUACUUGGGCAAUCCAAUCCAGAUGCUUUUUAAAUUUUGUGAGAGUCCAAGUCCCACUUUGGCUGUGUCUUCCAAAUUCCAACCACCCACAAGAUGAAAAGGUUCUUCUUCAAAUCCUCCAUAAACUUCUUACUUUUCACUUUAAACCUAUCCCUCUGAUCCUAGACAUCUAUGCCAUGGGGAAAGGUUUCUUACUUUCUACCUUUCUAUGUGUCAUAAUUUUGUUCUCAACCUCACCACUCCCACCUCCAGCCACCAACAACCACCCGUUUCUGCAACAAGAUAUACAAGCCCAAUCUCUCCUGUCCCUUCUCAUAGCUGAAAUGUCCUAUCCUAGGCAACAUCAUGGUGAAUUUCCUCUGCAUCCCUCAUCCUGAGUCAACCAGAGCCCCAAGGAAGACAUGCCCUGGGCUCUUUCCCUCUGCAGGUCUAAGGUCUAAGGAAGAGGUUCCCUGGGCUCUUUCCCUCUGCAGAUCUAAGGUCUAAGGAAGAGGUUCCCUGGGCUCUUUUCCUCUGCAGACGUACGGUCUAAGCAGCUUCUCUGUUUUUACUGUCAAAGUCCACAAUGACUGGAAAAUCCUUUGGGAUCUACUGAUAUUUCUCUAUAAAUUGUUGAGUUAAGUUCUGUGCCAUGCGCAAGUUCAUCGACCUAUGAUUUCCUUUCAUCAAACUGUUGUAUUUGUCAUUUGUGAGAUUUGGAUGGGAAGAGUUUUGGAAUUCUUACAUGAGUAGCCAAAAGAAUCCAAAACUUCCCUUUUGCAAAUUACUAGAAGCAUGAAUUUAAAUAUUAUGCUCACCAAGGCUCAAUUGUCCACAGCUGCAAUUUACUAACAACAAAAACCUCUGAUAUUGUUGCAGUAAUGCGGUCAGAUUACUGGCAUUCUAUCACAUUUGGCCCCAGAAAUCAAGAACGUGACAUUGUUGGUUUAGUUGGUUGGGAUGUGCCCGUCAUUGAUGAGAGCAACAUAUAUUUUCCAUCUCUAAUUACCUUUGCACUGGAACUACUUGUAAAACAGUCAGGAAUAGAACAGCAGAUUUGCUUCCCCAAAGGACUUUGUUGAAUCAAGUUUUUUGUAACAUUGAUCCACUACUUGUCACAAUCACUGAUAACAGCUUUCAUUGUUCUUGAUCUAUUUUGAUUAUAUAAAUUUACCAGUUGCCAUAGAUGUAUAUGAAGUAUUUGGUUCAGAUUUUUGGAUUACUGUAUAGUAGCCACUACAGUAUAUUCCACAAUAUAAAGACAUUUUGUAUUCAAAGAGAAAUUUUUAAUUUUGAAACAUGGUCUCUAAAAAUACACAAGGCUCAAAUUACACAGGUAGUUUAUCAAGUUCACAGCUCUUGGUGAUGCAAGCACUGACUGAAGCUCUUCAAUUUAAAAAAUAAAUCUUGUCAUGAAAGCUUCUGACUGCCACAAAACCUUCAUGCAGAUUUUCUAAAAUUGUUUUUAAAAGAAUCAUGGGUAGUUACGAUUGUUUAGCUUGCUACUUGAGUCAAGUUUUUUGCACAAUUUGGUUUUUGUCUCCAGGUUAACAAAUAACUUUAGAGUUUUGAAAACUAAAUUAGAGAGUUUGAUUUUUUUUAAGAAUGCAUUUGCUUUCUAAGUGAUCAAAUUUCUACAGAAGCAGUUCCUCAAGUACCCGAACAAGUAACCAAUCCUUGCAUCAAAGCUGAGAAUUUUUUUUCAAACCUAAAAUCAAAUGCCUGAUCUAUGAUGCAACCAAAUCAGCAGUUCAGGAAAAGUCAAGGAAUAAUGAAGAUAACUUACUCAAAAUAAAGUACGGAUCAUUCACUCAGUAGUCAGUUUAUUAGGUACUGCAUCUAAUGAAGUGGCCCCUGAGUGUAUGUUUGUGGUCUUCUGCUGCUCCAGCCUAUCUUCUUUAAGGUUCAACACGUUGUGCAUUCUAAAAUGCUCUUCUGCACUCCCCUGUUGUAACAUGUAGCUACUUGAGUUACCAUCGCCUUCCUGUCAGCUUGAACUAGUCUGGUUGUUCCCUUCUGACCUUGCUCUUAACAACACAGAACUGCCAUGCACAGAGUGCUUCUUUUUAUUUCUUGCACCUUUCUCGCACCUUUCUCUGUAAACUCCAGAGAUUGCUAUGUGUGAAAAUCCCAGGAGAUCAGCAAUUUCUGAGAUACUCAAACCACCCCAUCUGGUGCUAACAAUAAAUCCAUGGUCAAAGUCAGUCAGAUCACAUUCCUUCCCCAUUCUGAUGUUUGGUCUGAGCAACAGCUGAACCUCCUGACCAUGUCUGCGUGCUUUAAUGCAUUGAGUAGCUGCUAGGCAGGCAGAGCUAUGAUGGCACUUGACAGCGACUUCUUUGAACUCAUCUGCGGAAACAGCUUAACUUCUACCUUUAAUGUUUCUCUUUUUCUGAGACUUUUGGCCUGAACAACAGCUGAACCUCUUGACCAUGUCUGCAUGCUUUUAUGCAUUGAGUUGCUGGUACAUGAUUGGCUGAUUAGUUAUUUGCAUUAACAAGCAAGUGUACAGGAGUUCCUAACAAAGUGGCCACUGAAUGUAUUUUUCACAUUGUUUGCCCAGGCCGUAAGUAUUUGUUUAACACAAAGCAACUCUCAACUUGAAAACACAAUCCAGGACCUCAUUUUGCACAUGUGCUUCCCUUUUAGAUGAUUUUAAAAUUUAAUAAAAUUAGAGAUACAAUAAUCUUUUGAAAGGAUUGUGGACCUGAACUUGCUGAUUAAUUGCAGUCAGUGAAGAAGUUCUCCUGUUUAUUAGUUUAAAGAUAUAGUUCACAAAUAAACUUAUCAUUUCCCUGUUUUAACAAGGGAUAAUCUUUACCCAAGAUCUCAGAAUGCUAAUACAGGUCAUUUGUUGACCAGAAAGACAAUCAACUCUAUUGAGAAAGCAACCUUUGAACUACGGAGCAAGAGCUAGUAGUUACAAAGAAAACAUAAGAAUUGGAUUCGUGAGCUUCUACACUUAAGCUAUCUUCAGCAAUUCAUGCCUUUUCAAGAGAAAAUUUAAGGGAAAUGUGGAGAAUGAAAUAAUCAGAAGCAAAAUGGUACACAAACUUGCUCUGUAGCCCUGUUCAGAAAGCCUCAGUGCAGCUCAGUUGAACUCAAUACCACCCAUUUUCUGUGGGCAGCAAAAUAAAUUCAAACCCCACUACAGUCAGGGAACUGAAAUCUUUAAAUUCCUCUAAAACCACUCAUUCAAAUUGCGUUCCAGGAGAUCACGCCAACCAUACAUUAUCUAUUAUUGCAUAUAUAUUUUAUGUACAGUGAUGACAACCAUGUUCCAGCUUUUCUUAGAAACGUUGCAAUGGAUUUACGCUUGCCACAUGAACUACAAAUGAGUUUUAAACAUUGUUUACUGUAACAAAAAACCCUCUGGUUAUCUUAUCCUGUUCAGUGCUUAAAUAGUUUAUAGAGAGAGCACCUCAUUUACCCUAACCAAUCUAAUUCAAAUUCUCUGUUCACUCAGACAACGGGAUAAUCUCUUCCCAAAGGUGAUAUUUGCCUGUGGUAAAACAGCCCAUCUCCAGUGUAUGUAACUGGGUAACUAAAUGAUAUUAAACAAAGGACUCUUUCACUCACCAGGGAUCUUUGCAUGGCUGCAUUAGUCAAGUCUUCUCCAACUUGCUCAUAAGUGGCUAUUUAAUUGGACUGUAAUGUAAAAUGUCUGCUUGUUGAUUUACAAUAUUACUACUACUACUACGUCGACUCAGGCCUAGGGGGCCGGCGUAGGGCACGAUGAUGGACUCUCCACUUCUCCCUCUCCCUCAUCAGUGUGUUCAGUUCAUCUACAUUAGCCACGCCGCUGUCUUCUAGGAGCGUGUUGACCAUAGUCUUGGGAGGGUGCCCAGGGUUCAUCCUCCCGUGCUUGGGCUCCUAUAUGAUGACUAGGCUGGCAGGUAGCUCGGGGUGGUGUAGACAGUGCCCUGCUAGUUGCAGUCUUCUCGCCUCGAUUUUAGUGGAGAGCAUCGGUAGGUUGUUAUAGAGCUCAACAUUUGUUUAAUAUUUACAAUAAUUUACAAUAUUAAUAUUUCAUAUUUCUACUACCUCAUCUAAAUUUAAGUAGCAGGAGCUUUAAAAUAACAGCAACUUUGUCUUUUUGUGUGGAACUACUGUAUUUUAAUUUUCUCUGAUAUGGUGCUAUAAUAUUCUGAUCAUUUUUCUGAAGCUGUUUCUCUUCACUGCGAUGGCAAUAGUGUAAAACAAAUCUGCACAAUUGUAAUAAAAUACUUGGCACCUUUGAGUAGCAGCCAUCUAAAAGUAUGUGCUGAACCUAGUUUUCCUCUCUUAACACCAAUCAGUCAUGUACCAUCUCAUGUUUUCUCGUGGAAAUUAUGCAUCUUGGUAUUUCCAGAGGCAGUGCACUGCUUCCCAUGGACAGACCUCUUUGGGCUUUUCGAAGCAGUCAUCAGUCAAAAGCAGUGUUGCAGU